CAUGAAAUGAACUCAUAUGGUAAACCUAUAAACAAUAGAGGCCUAACAACAUACUGAGAUUCACUGACAAAGUGACAAGUACGGCCUGGUUAAAUUGUAUUCAUGUUCUGUGUUCUUGGGACAACACAAAGGCAGUCUGAAAGAAUAUGGAACAUGGUUUACCGUCUACGACCAAACCAUCACUUGUUAAGAAAAGAAACAACGCUCAAGAUGUGAGUAAAUCCUGGUGGAGAAUAAAGCCCUUCUUGGCUCUCAUAUGUACAGCACUUUUGAUCUUUUGGUAUAAGACCACACAUAUUCAAUUCGAAGAUACAGAUCUAGAAGAAUCAGAUUAUCCCAUUGACAUGGCUAAGGAAUCAGAACCAGUCGAUCAGAAAUUAAAAGGCUUGCCCCGUGGUAUCAUACAGCCUAGAUCAGACCUCGAACUAAAGCCUCUCUGGUCUAGUAGUAUUUUGAGUUCAAAGGGUGUAGAAAUGGCUACCCGUAACUUGUUGGCCAUACCCGUAGGAAUUAAGCAAAAGAGUAACGUUGACGCUAUUGUAAAGAAGUUUCUUCCAGCGAAUUUCACGGUUGUUCUGUUCCACUACGAUGGUAAUAUGGAUCAAUGGUUGGAUCUGGAGUGGAGUUCAAAGGCAAUACACAUAGUUGCACAGGACCAGACUAAAUGGUGGUUCGCGAAAAGAUUUCUCCAUCCUGAUGUUGUAUCAAUUUAUGAUUAUAUAUUUAUUUGGGAUGAGGAUCUUGGAGUAGAGAAUUUCUCACCAGAGAGUUAUUUGGAGAUAGUUAAAUCAGAGGGACUGGAGAUAUCUCAACCGGCUUUGGACUCAAACUCUAGUGGAAUCCACCACAAAAUCACAGUCCGUUCUAGUACAGAGAUAUUUCAUAGGAGAGUUUACAUCAGUAAAGGCAAUAGAAAGUGUUCUAACGCAAGCGUAGAUCCUCCUUGCACAGGAUUUGUUGAAGGAAUGGCUCCGGUGUUUUCAAGAGCUGCUUGGUUUUGCACUUGGAAUCUUAUACAGAAUGAUUUGGUUCAUGGAUGGGGAAUGGAUAUGAAACUAGGAUAUUGUGCACAGGGAGAUAGAACGAAGAAUGUGGGCAUCGUGGAUAGUGAGUAUAUAUUUCAUCAAGGCAUUCAAACUUUAGGUGAAAGUGGACACUCUGAGUCUGAGAAGAAGAGACAUGGCCAUAAUUCGAGAACCUCGAUAAGGAGGCAAUCGACAUGGGAACUUCAAACAUUUGAAGAAAGAUGGAACAAAGCGGUGGAACAAGACAAGAACUGGAUCAAGAGUAAUAACAGAAGAUUAAGGCACAAGAGAACUCAAGAGACAGCAACACCAGCAUGAACACACAUAUAGCAUAAGAAAGAUGAUUAAUACACGUAGCAAUUGCUUCCAAAGCAUAGAUGUUGACAAUAUUGUAUUUAAAAAAAAAACAAUAAUGACAAAAGUUAGAUACUGAUCAGAAAAUACAAGUAAAGUAUAAUUCCAAGGUGUUGUAAAAAGGUAAAAAGUAAAAACAAAUACUGUCCGUGGUGACGCUGUAAACAAUAACGUGAUUUGAAAUCACCAUCUCUCCUUUAGCCCCUGGUUCACUGGUUGUAAUGUGUAAAUCUCCUUGAGCCCCUGAUCACUAGCAGUAAAGUAAAAUAUCAUGUAUAUUUUGGGCUUGUUCAAUUUUUCAGAUAAGUUUUUUAAGGGACACCUUAUAUCUUUUAGGACUUUAAUAUUUACUUUUUUUUUUUUGAAACACAACUUUCAUUAAAACUUAACUUCAAGGACUACAAAGGAAAGAGGGAAUUAGACAUCCUCUUGAAGACAAAUCAUAAACUAAAAUGGAAAAUGAUAUCAAACCGGAUAAGUCUCCAUAUGAAGUUGACAGCGAAUUCAAAACAAAGUCUGAAUGCGUCGAAGAAGCUACAACAAAGUCGGAUAGCUGAGAAAUAGUCACAAGUGACGUUGAAGGACAACCCUCACCAACGAGAAAAACCGAAGUAGUCUCGAUUGCACUUUCUGGCCCCGUACAGACCGCUACGCAAAGUAACAAACCGGUGAGUAAGUUGAAACAAGGACUCAGCAGAGAAUCCGAGAGAGCAUCUCCGUUCAUAGAAGGGAGGCAUAGUUGUGAAAAACUCUCUUCGUUUGAAGGGAGGCAUAUUAGUCAUGACUUUAAUAUUUACUUAUAUACAAAAAAUUAGUUUAAUAAACUUUGCAUUAUUGCCCGGCUGUUCUUAACCAUAGGAUGACUCAUGACUGUAGUGUGUAUCAGUGUAUAUAUUCCCCCAUUUCCAUUUUCCCUCAAUUAUUAUUUUUUAUUUUUUUGAAGGCGUGUUACCUUAUUUUUCUCACGUGAAUUUUGUUGUUAGUCUGCAAAUUAUUAAGAAACAUUUCAUUUAUCUGACUUUCGGUGAAUACCUAAAAGAUGUAAGCUUUUUGUGUUUUAGGCACGUGAAUUUGGUGCAAAAUGGAAUGGAAUAUCUAUUAGAUUAUUAUUAUUAAUCAUCAUGGAGCACUUUAAGACUGUCAGAAUAUUUUGUCGCUUUUUAGAUGACCAAUCCAACCUUAUGAUAUAACUUAUCCUUAGUGGGAUUACAAGUUGGUGUCCACUUUUAAAUAAAGCUACUUACUUUUCUUCAUAACUAAUUAUUGAUUCUAAGCUUGCAGACAUUGAUGCAAUGCACCUGGAUAGAGUCUAUCUAUUGUGCAUUUUUAGAUUACAACCAUGGUUUACCAACUCUCAAAGCAAUCAAAAGAUCAUUAUCUUCAUUAGUCAUUACUAACCAAUUUAUAAAUUAACUAAUAAGAAUUAAUUGAUAAUGAAAAUCCUUGUAUCAAAACAAAAAAUAACCAAUAAUAAAACUAAAAUGAUAUUUAGUAUACCAAACUAUAACAAUUUAAGUUUUGGUAACAUGAAUAAACAAAUAAAUAGUUAUCCAAAUUUAUUUUAGUAUUUUAGUCUUAAAAUAUAAAAAUUUAAAAUAACACGAUAAAUUCAUUGUUAGUAAAAUAUACCUUAAGAGUAAAGUAUUAGAAUUCUGGAGAACCGUAAUCUGAUCAACAAAACCCCUAUUAAACAAAAUCGAAUAAGAUCGAGAUAAUUAAUAAAAUAAAUUAAAGUAAGAUCUUAAUCUAAUCCAAGGGGGGGCGGCGAGGGGCAAAACGUUCAAGCAGAUAGUUAAUAAUAAAUUGAUCAAAGUUGUAAUAUUAGCCAAACCCAAGGUUAGUUUGGAGAACACUUUAACGUUUAUAUAAAGACCUAUUGAUCCUCUUGUGGUUGUAACUUGCAACAAAUCAAACAUUCUUGUUCUUCAGUUUAGUCAUUUCUUCUUCUCUCUAGACUUUCCUAAAGACUUUUACUCACUUUUUUCUUCACAGACUUUCCAGAAGACUUUUGACCUUUGAUUGACUUCGAUAAGCAGAAAAUGGAAGGAAGAGGAAAAGUCAGCAUGAUCAACGGCGGAAAUGGAACUAGGAGAGAUGCCAGAGAACAAGGUGGCCGUCCGAUUCCAAAGAGAGGGCAAGUCAAAGUUGGGAUCUUGCUUGGCUUUGCUAAUUCUUUUGCUUCUAUCUUUGGCUCCACGAAAAACUUCCUUGGAUCCUAAACUGCUGCUUCUCAUAUUAAAUAUUUUUGUUGAUUUCUUCAGAAUUAUUAUGUAGUUUAUUAGAGUGAAAUCUCAUAUUAAAGAGUGGUGAUCUUGUUUAGUCUCUAGGUUGUUGAUUUUCUUUUCGUUUUAUCUUUUUGUUUUGUACAAAUCCAAUGUAGUGUCACGAGUCACUUGAUCAAUAGUAGUAGUGGUACUAUGUUUUUCUC